CUGUUUAGACGUUGGCCAGUCGUCUGAGAACCUAGCUUUAUUUUCCGUCGAUAUGUACUUCCGGGCGAAUGUUACAUUAAGCAAAACUGAGCACUUCGGGUUGUCAUCACGCUCUAUCAAGUUUCGAAAGGAGUGGUGUUCUGCAAGCUUAACAGGGCAAGCUUAAUGAAGCUGAUGUAUCUCAAAUUGUAAGAGAACCUACAUUUGGAUCGUACCUACAUUUCUAAUGUGAAGUUUUAGAAUAAUGUGAAAUACCUUGCUGUUUUUCGGUCAAUUGGGGAUGAUGUGAUUCUGGCAUAAGUUUGUGUAACGAGAUCAGCUUCGCCUCGGUGAUAAAACUUUUUCACAGAUAUACUGAUUGUUGAACCGUUGUUUGCUAUUUUAUAGAUUCAAAAAUGAGUUGGAGACUGUGCUUACAAGACUGUGUUAACAAAGAAGGUGCUAGACCAAGCGCAAAAAGUGAUCCGGAAGAAAAGCAGAAACAACAGCAAGAGGAACUUGCUCUUUUUACACAAAUGUAUGAAGAGCAAAAGUCAGCUUGUAAAUCAAAGAGUUCAUCAUCAAUACCUAGAUUUUAUUUCAAGUUACCAACAGAUGAAGAAGUUUUGCUGCAGAAAUUACGCGAAGAGUCUAGGGCCGUAUUUUUACAAAGAAAAAGCAGAGAACUGCUAGAUAAUGAAGAGCUUCAAAAUCUUUGGUACCUGUUGGAACAAAACUACUCCUCUAAUCCCUCAAGUGUCAGUGGAUUUGGCAUGGGCGACGACCAGAUGAUUACUUACGAAGACUUCACAAAGGUAGCCGAGAAGGCAGGCGACAAGUGCAAGCCCUUCUUUUCUCCAAGUGUGUUUGCUAAACUGUACCAGAGUGACCCGUAUGGACGCAUCUCAAUUAUGAAUUUCUUCAAUUACGUCAUGCGCAAAGUCUGGCUUCAUCAGACUAGAAUAGGACUCAGCCUCUACGAUGUUGCCGGUCAAGGCUACUUGAAAGAAAGCGACUUGGAAAACUAUAUUCUGGAGCUGAUCCCGACUCUCCCUCAAUUGGGCAAAUUGGAUCAGAGCUUCUUCUCUUUCUACGUGUGCACUGCAGUGCGUAAGUUCUUCUUCUUCCUCGAUCCGAUGAGGUCUGGGAAAAUAAAGAUCCAGGACAUCUUGGCGUGCAGCUUCUUGGAUGACCUGCUGGAACUAAGAGACGAAGAGCUUUCGAAGGAGUCCUUGAAUAAUAACUGGUUCUCGGCAACGUCAGCUCUGCGAGUGUAUGGCGACUACCUUAACUUAGACAAAGACCAUAACGGCAUGCUGAGCAAAGAGGAGUUGGCUCACUAUGGCACUGGCACGCUCACUCCGGCUUUCUUAGAUAGGAUCUUUCAGGAAUGUCUGACCUAUGAAGGAGAAAUGGACUACAAAACAUAUCUGGAUUUCGUAUUGGCUCUCGAGAACAGAAGAGAACCGCAGGCUCUGCAAUACAUCUUCAAACUACUGGACAUCCGCAGUCUUGGAUACCUGGACGUCUUUGCUCUGCACUAUUUCUUCAGGUCAAUCCAAGAACAGCUGAAGCAACAUGAUCAAGAACCAGUGGCCUUCGAGGAUAUCAAAGACGAAAUAUUCGACAUGGUUAAACCCAAUGACCCUUUGAAAUUAACCUUCGAUGACUUAAUCACGAGUGGUCAAGGUGAAACAGUGACCAAUAUUCUGAUAGAUCUCAAUGGUUUUUGGAACUACGAAAACAGAGAGAUGUAUGUCACAGACAAUAAUACAGAUCAUGACAAUUUUUAAUUGUAAAUAUUUUGUUCCAAUUAGUGGAAUGCAAUUGUUUAUUUGUACAAAAUUUGAAGCGUAGUCCUCGAAUUGUUUAUUCCGGAUGGCGUGACAUUAUUAGUAAAAUAAGACUGGCGGCACUGGGGAUGCUAAAUUCACCAUGCUUUGUUAAAGUAUCUUUUUCAAAGCAUCUCCGUCAAAUCAUCCGUUAUAGCUUGCUUUGCUUGAAUGAUUUUUUUUGACCUAAUUUAGAUUUCGCUUCUGUAUUGAAAUAUUUCGCUUCUG